AUGGUUGUUAUGGAGACUCGAAUUGGUGGUGAUAGAGCUAGGGAUAUCUCGGAUAGGUUGCCGUUUGAUGAAGCCAUCCAUUCAGACACGAUUGGUUUUUCUGGUGGAAUUUGGCUUCUCUGGAACUCUGAUAAAGUGCAGAUUACUCAUUUAGCUAUGUCAGAGCAGGAGGUUCACAUUUUAGUGAAGGUAAUCUCAACUUCCCUUGAAUUUAUUUUUUCAGCUAUUUAUGCUAGUCCUAGAUUCCAUGAAAGAUGUAUAUUGUGGAACAAUCUUAAAAAUGUUGCUGAUCUACAUGAGAAACCUUGGAUAAUAGCUGGAGAUUUUAAUGAAGUUCUUGCUGUUGGGGACAAGUUUGGGGGUAGAGCUGUUAACUCAAAUAGGUCUUUGCUUUUUAAAGAUUGUCUUGAUUAUUGCAACAUGAUAGAUAUGGGGUUCACUGGGCCUCGGAAGGCUUCGGAUUGGAAUAAGCACCACUUUGGAAAUAUCUUUGGGAGGAAGAAGCGAGAAGAGGAGUUGUGGGUUCAAAAGUCUCGCAUUAAUCGGCUAAUUGAGGGUGAUAGAAACACUGCUUUUCAUCAUAUGUCUACAAUUGUUAGGAGAAGACGUAACUGUAUUUCGCGUAUAAAAAAUGAUAUAGGAGAAUGGAUUACUAGUGAGGGUGGGACUAUAUCUUUCAUUAGAGAAGGGUUUAGUAAAUUGUUCUCGACUACCCUUGAUUACUCUCCUUUACAUAUUUCCCAACCCUCUAGGUGGCAAGUGGUUUUGUUGGAAGAGGAUAAGGGCAGCCUGAAUUUGCUGGUGUCUGAUGAUGAAAUCAGAGAAGGUUUGUGGGCUCUCAAACCGUACAAAGCCCCUGGUCCGGAUGGACUCCAUGCGGGGUUUUUCCAAAGGUUUUGGCCCACUGUUAAGGAAUCUAUGAGGAAUGAAUUUACGUAUAUCUUUGAAGAAUGUAGAAUCCCCGAUUACCUCAAUAGAACCAAUAUUGUUCUAAUUCCUAAAAUAGCGGGCUCGGAAAGUUUGGGGAACUAUCGCCCCAUUAGUCUUUGCAAUACGGUGUACAAGAUUGUCACUAAGAUCAUUGUAGCUAGGCUUAGACCUCAUCUUGAUAAGCUGGUCUGCCCUCUCCAAUCAGCUUUUGUACCGGGGAGGCGAAGUGUAGACAAUGUUAUUGUGGUGCAAGAGUUGAUUCAUACUAUUAGUAAUAAGAAGGGGCAGGGAGGCUACAUGGCGAUUAAAGUGGACCUUGAAAAGGCUUAUGACAAAAUUGAAUGGAGUUUCAUUCGAGAAGUGUUGAUUAAUGCAAAUUUACCCCACAAUUUGGUUAAUCUCAUCAUGAGUUAUGUUUCUUCUGUCUCCACUUCUAUUCUAUUUAAUGGUGGAAUUGCUGAGCCUAUUUUCCCCUCGCGUGGAAUUAGGCAAGGUGAUCCAUUAUCUCCUUAUCUCUUCAUUCUUUGUAUGGAAGUUCUUGGGCAUAUCAUUGAAGAUAAGUGUAGUGAGAAGAGUUGGGUUCUUGUCAAAAGCUCUCAGAGUGGGACGGCUUUUUCUCACUUGUUUUUUGCGGAUAAUUUGGUUCUCUUUGCGAAGGCGGAUCAUGUGAAUUGUUCUACAAUUAGGGAUGUGCUUGAUGACUUUUGUACUAGGUUUGGCCAAUCCAUUAGUGAGAGUAAGUCUAGAGUUUAUUUCUCCCCAAAUGUAGACGUGGAUACUAGAGAAUCCUUGUGUGAUAUUUUGGGAUUUAAAUCUACUCCUAAUCUUGGAAAGUACCUUGGGUUUCCCUUGAAGCACCGGGGAGGGAACAAUCAAGACCAAAAUUUCAUUUUGGAUAGGGUCAAGCAGAAGUUGGCGGGGUGGAAAGCUAAUUUAUUAUCACUUGCAGCGUUACCCAAGAAGUUGUUGGAUGAUAUUGAUAGAGUUAAUCGUAAUUUUCUGUGGGGAUCUUCGGAUUCUUCGAAAAGAACACAUUGGGUGGGUUGGCACAAACUGACCGAAGCUAAAGAGAAAGGGGGUCUUGGAAUUCAAUCAGCUAGGGGUAGGAAUCAAGCUCUGCUUGCCAAUCUUAAUUGGAGAUUUCGGACGGAGAAGGAUGCUGUGUGGGCAAAGGUUCUUAGAAGCAAGUAUUGUACUAGCCGUCGGUUGCACGCUAGAGCUAAAGACAAGCUUCCUUGUUCUAGAGUUUGGAAAGCAAUUCAGAAGGGCAGUGAGGUUUUUCAUAAAGGCAUUCGGUGGAUUCCGGGGCAAAAUAGUAGUUUGAGCAUUUGGCAUGAUAAAUGGUUUGCAAAGGCUUCAUUAAGAGCUUUAAUUCAAGGUCCUCUCCUUGAAGAAGAAGAGAGGCUCCAAGUUAAAGAGGUUUUUGGUCCUCAUGGAUGGGAUUGGUCAAAAGUUUCUGUCCAAGUUCCAAAUGAUGUUAUUAUGGAAAUUAAUGCCAUGCCUUAUUCUUUGGGGAAUUCUAUUGAGGAAGAUAGGUUGAUUUGGAAUGGUGAUAAGCAUGGGGAUUUUGAACUUAAAUCAGCCUAUUCUUUAGCCACUAGAUGCAGUGAGGAGGAAGAGGAGUUUAUGGGGUGUUGGGUUUGGAAGGUGGAUACUUUACCGCAUAUUAAAUCUUUCAUGUGGCAAUGCUUGCAUAAUAGCCUUGGGGUGGGAGAUUGCCUUGUUAAAAGGCACCUUAGUGAGGUGGAUAGGUGCCCUAUUUGUCUAAGGGAAGUUGAGACCAUUAUUCAUAGACUUAGGGACUGUAGCAAAAGGAUGUUCUGGAUCAGAUGGGAGAAGCCUUCACCUGGCUGGGUUCGUUUAAACAUUGACGGAUCAGCCUUAGGGAAUCCUGGUAGAGCUAGUUGCGGUGGCAUCAUUCGGAAUGAUCGUGGUGAUUGGCUUGGUGGUUUCUCUAGAUGCAUCGGAGUCACCACAAGCUUUAUUGCUAAGCUUUGGGCUCUUCGUGAUGGCCUUAACCUUUGUCACAACAUGCAUCUUCAAGCUGUUGAUAUUCAAAUUGAUGCCAAAGCAGUUGUUGAUAUUAUUAGAGAUCCUUCUUACUCGAACCGGGUUGUUAUGCCUAUUGUUGAUGAUUGUAGACAGUUGAUAUCCCAAUUUGGCCAAGUUCAGAUUAGGCAUUGCUAUCGUGAGGCUAAUUUUUGUGCUGACUUUUUAACUAGAAAAGGUGUGCUCCAGGAUUGUUGUUAUUAUGUGUAUCAGGAUCCUCUUGUGGACUUGCUAGAUCUUAUUAGUGCGGACAAGGAGGGUGUGUUUUGUAUCAAGGCUAUUCCUGCUGUUGCUAGUAGCCUUUAG